AAAUGUCUCGACGGGCGUGCACUGUCCUUAGUAGGAUCGAAUCGAGACAUCAAUGAGCCACCGAAGCAAACAAGCGGCGAUGAGCCGCCGGACCAGUCGCGCCGAUCAGCAGCAGCCGCCGGCUCGUUCCGCCUUCGUGUCGAACAACCCGAUCUUCUUCUGCGAAGACGAGUCGAUGACUCGGCUCAAACCGGCGGGCCUGCACCGCCGCCACGCGGAGCCCGGCACCGUACACGCGGUCGUCCUCGACGACGUGCCGGCUGCCGUCGGCAAGCCGCUGCCGCUUCCACUGCCGCCGAGCAGGAUCCAGAAGCAUAUCCCGGCAGGCUCGCGCGCAGCAGGUUCGACGCUCGUGAUGAGCAAGCACGGAAGCGGCUGGGUCCUGAUGAGGAGGGUGCCCCGUGACGACCCGUUCCUCGCCGCCUACCUGGCCUGCUCCAAGAGCGGCGGCGGCAAGGUCGACGCCGAGCCGGCGAAGCGCCCGCAAAAUAGGAAGAACACAGGCGAUGCUGUCCAGGGGUGCGGCGUUUGGGGCGGUUGGGCGGCCGGCGCGAAGUACGCCGGAGCGAUGUCGUGCAAGUACGGCUGCGACGUUGCCCGUCCUGCUGCCGUGGUGCAGGACUCCGCGGUGCCCAGGCUGCACCUGUCGCGGCAGCUGGUGGUGAUCCCGGCGAGGAAGAGGGCCCUGGCACGGGGACGAGCGCAGGAAUGAGGGCAACGUCGCAGCCGUACAAGCCUACCGGCGAUGGGCCUCGCUCCACUCGUCAGAAGUUAGCCUCCCUUUAGUAUAUGAAUUUGGAUCACAAUAUAACAAACUCCACCUUGAGAUAAAUU